AUGGCGUCCCUGGGAGACGAUCUUCUCGGCACUGUCAACAAGCUGCAAGACCUGGUCUUCAACACCAUCGGCAGUGACUCGCUCGAUCUUCCUCAGAUUGUUGUUGUCGGUUCGCAGUCGGCCGGAAAAUCAUCCGUUCUCGAAAACAUUGUCGGCCGUGAUUUUUUACCCCGCGGAAGUGGCAUCGUGACCAGACGGCCCCUGAUCCUGCAACUGAUCAACGUACCCGAAGAUGAGGAUGCUGCCGACCCUCUGUCGGAUCCUUACCGGUCUCCCGACAUUGCCAGACGUUCCGAAUGGGCCGAGUUCCACCACAUUCCGAACCGUCGCUUCAAUGACUUCUCCGACGUGAAGCGCGAGAUCGAGAACGAGACCUCGCGCGUGGCGGGCAAUAACAAGGGUAUCAACAGACAACCUAUCAACCUUAAGAUCUACUCGCCGCAUGUGCUCAACUUAACUCUCGUCGACCUUCCUGGACUAACAAAGGUUCCCAUUGGCGAUCAGCCAACCGAUAUCGAGAAGCAAACCCGUAACCUUAUCUCAGAGUAUAUUGCCAAGCCCAACAGCAUUGUUCUCGCCGUCUCACCUGCCAAUGUCGAUAUCGUGAACUCGGAGGCUCUGAAGCUUGCCCGGCAUGUUGAUCCGUUGGGAAGGAGGACGAUUGGUGUGCUCACCAAAGUGGACCUUAUGGAUCACGGUACAAACGCACUGGAUAUCUUGUCUGGUCGUGUCUACCCGUUAAAGCUGGGCUUCAUUGGCGUCGUCAAUCGCUCCCAGCAAGACAUACAGGGUAGCAAGCCCAUGGAGGAAGCCCUCAAGGCCGAAGCGGAGUUCUUCAAGCAUCACCCGGCAUAUCGCAAUAUCUCUAGCAGAUGCGGCACCCGCUUCUUGGCCAAGACUCUGAACACGACCCUUAUGGCUCACAUCCGUGAGCGCAUGCCCGAUAUCAAGGCGCGCCUCAACACUCUCAUGGGACAGACUCAACAAGAGCUGGCAAGCUAUGGCGAUAUGCAUUUCAGCGGAAAAGAGCACCGUGGAUCCCUCAUUCUGCAACAGAUGACACGCUUUGCCACCUCCUUUAUCUCUUCGAUUGAUGGUACCUCGACCGAUAUCUCCACCAAGGAACUGUGCGGUGGCGCCCGCAUCUACUAUAUAUUCAACUCAGUCUUUGGCAGUUCUCUUGAGUCCAUUGACCCAACUUCCAAUCUUUCAGCGCUUGAUAUUCGGACUGCUAUCCGUAACUCGACCGGUCCCCGCCCCAGUUUGUUUGUGCCAGAAAUGGCAUUUGACCUUCUCGUCAAGCCACAAAUCAAGCUCCUCGAAGUUCCUAGUCAGCGGUGUGUCGAGCUUGUUUACGAAGAACUCAUCAAGAUAUGCCACACUUGCGGCUCGACAGAGCUGUCUCGCUUCCCAAGGUUGCAAGCGAAGCUGAUUGAGGUGGUUUCUGAUCUACUGCGUGAGCGGUUGGGGCCGACGUCUGGUUACGUCGAAUCCUUGAUUUCGAUCCAGCGAGCAUACAUCAACACCAAUCAUCCCAACUUUUUGGGGGCCGCAGCUGCCAUGAGCCAUGUUGUCAGCAACAAGCAAGAGAGAGAGCGAAAGCGCCUUAUCCAAGAAGAGCGAGAAAAGCGGGAGAGAAGACGCCUCAAAGAGCUUGGUACCAAUGGUACGGAGGGACCUGAGGAUGAUGAGACAGAGUCGACUGUCACCGAAAAGGCCGACUCCAAUGCUUUAAGAAAGCAGGCGAGUAAGGGAGCGCGUAGUCUAUCGCCUGGUGUGCGUGAAAAUGGGACCACCGGCCUCAACGCGGCGCUCAAUGGCGCACGAUCAGCUUCUCCAUCAAGCUUCAACGACAAGGGCUUGGGCGGUGCGCGCGACUCCUUCCUGACUUACUUCUUUGGUAAAGACGGUGCACCUCCUAUUGGCACUUCUCCUUCACCCAACUCGUCCAUUGCUCGACACGUAAGCCAAAGCUCUGAGCCAACGUUUUCACAGAGCAUUCGCCGGACCGAAGACAAGGUGGCGUUGCGCGCACCAGCACAUUCUUCGGCCCGUGAAGAGCCAGAGUUUGGCAAGGCCUCUCAAUCGGUCGAUUACGGGUCUCUAUUCGGUACAGCCAGCGGGGAACCAGCAAUGACGGAGCGGGAAGCCAUGGAAACGGAGCUCAUUCGGGCACUCAUCUCUUCCUACUUCAACAUUGUGCGUGAGUCUAUUGCGGACCAAGUCCCAAAGGCCGUCAUGCAUCUGCUCGUGAACCACUGCAAGGACGUUGUCCAGAACCGACUUGUCAGUGAGCUAUACAAGGAGGCACUCUUUGAAGAGCUGUUGUACGAAGAUGACGGCGUCAAAAAGGAGCGCGAGAAGUGCGAAAAGCUACUUCAAACAUACAGGGAGGCGGCCAAGAUCAUUGGUGAAGUGUUAUAG